UAAAUACCACCCUUUUGCAGAUUGUAUUACUUUUGGACCUGUGAUUCACCAUGAUUCUUUCUGAUUGCUGGAGUUUGUGUGCAGCACUGCUGAUAUGUCCUCUUUAUAUGGGUGUCAGUGUUCUGUGUGAAGUCUUAUGUAAAGAGGAGAAUGUGGGUGUGGAAGGAGGUCAUUACACUCUUACCAAGAAGCUUGAGUAUGGCAGUAUGCUGAUAUACCACUGUCCAGAAGGGUACUAUCCCUAUCCAGCUUUAACUCGCUUGUGUCAGAAAAGUGGAACUUGGUCACCAACUCCCCAUAAAAGGCCUGUUCAAAAGUGCAAGAUGGUUGAAUGCCCAAACCCCUUAGUUUUGGAAAGGGGUUCUGUCUUUCCUUUACAAAAUCAAUAUUUUGUCAACAAUGAGACCACAUAUGAGUGCUACACUGGAUACACAUUACGUGGCUCAUCCUCCCGUGUGUGCCAACCCCAUGGGAAGUGGAGUGGGGGAACACCCAUUUGCAGACAUGACUCAGGAGGUGGAGAGCGUUGUGCUGACCCUGGGAUUCCGGCCGGUGCUAGGAGGUCUGGGUCAAGUUUUGGCAUAGAAGACAAAGUGACAUACCACUGUGACGAUGGCUUACGUUUGCUGGGGUCAAAGGAGCGUGUAUGUCAAGAGAAUGGCCAAUGGACUGGGACUGAGCCUAAAUGUUACUACAAGCACACGUAUGACACUGCACUGGAGGUCACGGAGGCAUUCGGCAGUGCAAUCAGAGAGAGCCUUCAGUUGGCAGCGCCCAUCGAUGACACAGAUCAGGAAGGAAAGAAGAUCACGGUCGAUAAAGCUGGAAAGCUUAACAUAUACAUUGCUAUGGACAUCUCUGACAGCAUUAAGGAGGAUCAGUUUAACAAAGCAAGAAAUGCUGUCAAGAAACUUAUCACAAAGGUCAGCUCCUUCGCAGUCAGCCCAAAUUACGAAAUCCUUUUCUUCGCAUCCGACGUAUUCGAAGUUGUCAACAUAUUGGAUUUUUUGGGAGAAAAAAGAAAAACACUUGAAGAAGUCUUGGCUGACUUGGACAACUUUAGUUAUGGAGAGAGACAAAAUGUUGGGACCAAUCUCAACCUUGCUUUUAAAACCAUCCUGGAACGCAUGGCUAUCCAAAAACAACGGAAUGAAACUUUAUUCAAAGAGGUCCACCACGUCCUCAUAUUUUUCACAGAUGGUGCUUUCAACAUGGGGGGUAGGCCCGAAGACACAGUGGCCAAAGUCAGGGAAAUGGUCUACAUGAAUCAAAAGGAAGAAAGGGAUCAAUAUCUUGACAUCUAUAUUUUUGGUGUUGGAAGUGAAAUCUUUGAUGAAGAUAUCCAGCCACUUGUGACAAAACGGGAUAAUGAGAACCACUACUUUAAACUAAAGGAUGGUACAGAAUUGGAAGAAACCUUUGAUAAUAUAAUUGAUGAGAGCAAGGUUGUGGGUCUAUGCGGGCUCCAUAGAAACUACGAUCAUGACACCGCAGACACCAUACGUGCAAGAUAUCCCUGGAUGGCAAGGAUUGGCAUCCCGCAUGAGGAUGGAAGUUAUGGUAAAUGCAUGGGGUCUCUGGUCACUCCCCGCUUCAUCUUGACUGCUGCUCACUGCUUCAAGUUCACAGACACAGCAGAUAAAAUCAAGAUUACGCUGGGCAAAAAUGAAGGUGCAACCAGCUACUCCUCCAAAAACAUCAUAUUACACCCUAAUUAUGAUAUCAAAGCCAUGGAGAAAGAGGGGGUAAAGGAAUUCUAUGAUUAUGACGUAGCUCUCAUCGAACUGAAGAAUGAUGUGGAUAUCUCUAUCAACACAAGACCGAUUUGCAUACCUUGCACCAAGGAAACAAGUGGUGCUUUAAGAUUGUCGGGAAAGGAAAUCACCUGCAAGCAACACGAAGAGCUCUUGUUAAAAAAUACAUUUGAAGAAGUCAGUUUCAUGUCACAUGAUAAGGACAGGGAAAACAAUAAUGAUCAGCGGAGCGAUGCCAAACUUAAGCUCCUGGAUCAGAGGGCGAAUUGUAUUGAAUUGGCUACUAAGGUAGAUGGCAUAACAUCAGAUAAUCUGAAGGAUGUUGUCACUGAAAACUUCCUGUGCUCGGGUGGUCGUCAACCUACGAGAGAUCAUGUUGCCUGCAAAGGUGACUCCGGUGGUGCUCUGUUUAAGAACUAUGAUGAUUAUCGCACAAUCCAGGUUGGAUUGAUCAGCUGGGGCACCAAAAAUCUGUGCCCUGAUGGUAACAACGACGUCCAACAGGAGUCUGACGAUGACUCCAGAGAUUUCCACAUCAACCUUUUUAAAGUUGUGCCAUUUCUGAAGAAGCAUCUGGGGGAUGACACACAAGAUUAUGCACCACUUCAGUUUUUAGACAAAUAGAGACAGCGAUGAAGUGCAUACAUAUGGUAUUGUCAGUCGGAUCUACAAACACCAAAGCAGCAUCAGGAUCUGGUCGAAGGUCUGGGACAGGACAGGACGGGACAGGACAGGACGGGACAGGACAGGGGGGGGGAUAUACGGACACUCCUGACCUGCAAAAUGGUAUUUAGUUUAAAAAUGUGUUAAAAUGAGUGUUAGGAUUAAGGUUAGUGUCAAGGGCUUGGUUAAGGUUAGGGUCCGCUUUAGAUUAUGGUCAAAAGUUUCCUUAUAGGACUUCCCAGGACAGGGGGGGUUGGCAUGUUUCUUUUUUUGUUUAAACGGAGAAAUCAUCAUGUUUCCAAAAGUAGAGGAGAAGUCAUACUCAGACAAGUUUAAUUAAAGACAUGUCAGACUUCUGUCUUUUGAAGGCAAUCUUAUAUUCUGGGUUAUAUGAUGGGAUAGACAGUUCAACCAAACUCAUGAUACAUUUUUUGUGAUAUUCUUUGAAUCUGUGGGUACUGUAUAUGCCACCAUUAUUAUGUAAAUGUCAAAGAUGAAGACAUUACAGAGGUUGAAAAUAAUAUCUUCAGCCUCGCACAAAGGGGACCUUUGAAGCAGAACUCUUUAUGAUAGUCACGUUUUCUCCAUUGCUCCUGUAGCCAAAACCACUGCUGUAAAAAACAACAACUGCAUCAUAGGACAUCAUUGCAAUAUUAAUUGAGCAAUAUUGUACUGGUCAUGUCUUACGUCGAGAUAAAUACAGUAAGUUAAGCUAGUUAGCUAACUCAAACUCAAAUUCCCAUUACAUUCCAUCCUCUUAUCUUACCUCUUGUGUGAUAACCAUUCAAUUUUAAUGUAAGCAUUUACAUUUUAGCUUCUAUAUCAAAAUAUUCUAUACUUUAUUAAAGUAAGGGAAAUCAACACAAAAACAAAACAGACACUUCAUCAUUUCAAACCCUUCAUUCUGCAUUGUACAAUCCACUUAGUAUGGUAAUACUAUAAUCAUAAUAAAGGUUAUACUUUAUUAAUGGGAGUGAGUAUCCAAAAUACACAACGGAUCUGUAGAUUCAGAGGUGAAUAAAUAUCUUGAUGUUA